AUGGACGAAAAUGACAAUGACGUCGCCAUCAGCACGUUCAAAAGUGGUCUCCCCACUGAGCACGGUUUAAGGAAAUCUUUAAUUGGUAAACCCGUCACCAGCGUUUGCCAACUGAUGGACAGGAUUGACAAAUAUAAAAGGGUGGAAGAGGACCAGCUACAAGGGAGAGGAAAGGAGAAGAUCAUCCCCCCUAAAGGAAAUGAUUACAGGUCAGAACAAUAUAACAGUAACCAGCCGAGGAGGGAUUUUUCGAGACAGGCUGGACAAACCAACAUGCAAAUGGUUAAUGCCAUAUUCAGAGAGCCGAUGCAACAAGUUCUGAAGAGAGUAAAAAAUGAGCCUUUCUUCAAAUGGCUGAGUAAAAUGGCCGGAGACCCCUCGAAGCGCAACCAGAACCUCGGUCAUUUGGGCCAAGCAGUACAAGAGCAUCGGAAAGAUGUAUCUUUAAGACCUCCCACGGGGACGAUACACGUCAUCCUCACUGCCCCAGGAAGAACUGGCUCUUUUCCUUCUGGGGUGCUGUCCGUGGCUCGGCUCCCCGCCGAGGAUGGUGAGAGGGAGUCCAAAAGAUCUAAAAAGGGAAACUCAUUAAUAUUGGGGUUCUUGGACGAGGAUAAGGGGGGAACUAUCCAACCUCACGACGAUGCUUUAGUGGUUACGUUGAGGAUUGGAGGUUUCGACAUGAAGAGGGUAAUAGUAGAUCCGGGCAGUGCAGUGGAAGUAAUGUACCCUGAUCUGUACAAGGGGCUGAACUUAAGACCUGAGGACUUAAAUGCUUAUGACUCUCCUCUUAUAAGUUUCGAAGGAAAGGCUGUCAUACCAAAAGGGCAAAUCAGAUUACCCAUACAGACCGGAUUAGAGGUGGUGGAGGUGGAUUUUAUUAUGGUCGAUGCCUAUUCACCCUACACGGCCAUAGUAGCCAGACCUUGGCUCCAUACCCUGGGAGUCGUGUCUUCUACGCUUCACCAGAAGGUAAAAUACCCGUCAGGGGGCCAAGUGGAAGAAUUUCGUGGAGAUCAGGCCAUGGCUAGGCAAUGCAUGGUGGCUGCCAUCUCAUGUUGGUCCAAUGCCGAGUCCUCAGCUCCUGUGAAGAGCUUAUAG